UGAUGGCCGUCACCAAAUAUUUUUUUACAGUCUAAAGAGUCUAUAAAACAAAAAAUUAAGAGGGUGCAGACCUCUGAACGCACUUUUUCACACAUCAAAGUCAAAAUAGCCCAAUCAAACAAAAAAUAAGGAUAAUAAAACGUAUUUAAAAAAAGUGCUUCUCUCUGGUUUACUUGUGUAACCGGACUAAAUUUAGCUGUUUUUAGACAUGAAAUCACCGGUCUCGAAAUUGAAAUACUUUGUGGGAACCUUUAAUUUCAGAAAGAAAUUUUCGAUUGGUGUCUGUUAGAACCCAAGCCCACCCAUGAGUAUCCCAUGACAUUCCUUUGCCUAACUCAUUAGCCCACAAUGUCCACAAUCAAUACCCAUCAAAUCAAAAUUUGCAUAUUGUGUAAAGUUGCCACAAUAGUCGUGCUAAUUGCUGUUAUUGACGCACUCGUAUCCGGAGUCUUCCGGCGGCGGCAGGCGCAGGUGCCCCCAAGAAACAGCAGUCUCUGGUUGGAAGCAAGCAGUGGUUCGCACGCUCCAGUCCAGUUCGCACGUCAUAGCAGGAACAGAAGCAGCAGCAGGAAGUGAAGAGAGCACCAGCACGCAUUUCCGCGCGGUCGAGCAUGCCACCUGACACCAGACCACCGCCACUUUAAAGGGAUGAACUCGUCUCCUCGCCCCUAAUCCACCUCCAGCGCAAUGUCGGAGGCCGAAGGCGACUGCAAGGAGAACUCGCAUCCCCCGAGCGAAAACUGCAAGAAAUCGCCGCUGAAAAGCAAAGAGUGCAAAAAUUCGAAGCUGCAACAGCCGCCCAAAGACCCCACUCGUGUUGUGGUGGUGGCCCUGACUCCCGACCGCCGCCGAGAGACAUGGAACAAGAAAGUGGAGUUUCUGUUGGCGGUGGUGGGCUUCGCCGUCGACUUGGGCAACGUCUGGAGGUUUCCCUACAUCUGCUACCAGAACGGAGGCGGUGCGUUUUUGAUUCCCUACACCAUAAUGCUGGUGUUCGGCGGUCUGCCGCUCUUCUACAUGGAGCUCGCUCUGGGGCAGUUCCACCGAAGCGGAUGUCUCACGAUUUGGAAGCGGAUUUGUCCGGCAUUAAAAGGAAUCGGAUACGCGAUUUGUUUGAUCGACAUUUACAUGGGGAUGUACUACAACACCAUCAUUGGCUGGGCUGUGUAUUAUUUAAUUGCGUCGUUUCAAGCGGAACUGCCGUGGACGAGUUGUCACAACUAUUGGAACACCAAAGACUGUCGGCCUGUUACCGCCCUUGUCGGCGUCAACAGUAAUGCCUCAAGUCCUGCCAAAGAAUUUUUCGAACGCGAGGUGCUAGAACAAUACAAAUCGGAUGGCCUCAACAGAAUGGGGCCUAUUAAGCCGGCUUUGGCGCUGUGUGUCUUUGCGGUCUUCGUUCUUGUUUAUUUCUCCCUGUGGAAGGGCGUCCGCAGCACCGGAAAGGCGGUGUGGAUAACAGCCUUAGCCCCCUACGUCGUCCUCAUAAUCCUGCUCUGUCGCGGGGUGACCCUCCCGGGGGCUGCCGAGGGCAUCCGCUACUACCUCACCCCCGAAUGGCACAAACUCAACAACUCCCGCGUGUGGAUUGACGCCGCCUCGCAAAUUUUUUUCUCUCUAGGCCCCGGCUUUGGCACGCUCUUGGCCCUCUCCAGCUACAACAAGUUCAAUAAUAACUGCUACAGAGACGCGCUUUUGACCAGUAGUAUCAAUUGUCUGACCAGUUUUCUGGCGGGGUUUGUGAUUUUUUCGGUGCUGGGGUACAUGGCACACGUGCAGCAUAAAAGCAUAGAGAUGGUGGGGCUGGAGGGGCCCGGGCUGGUGUUUAUUGUGUAUCCGGAGGCCAUUGCGACGAUGACUGGGUCGGUUUUCUGGUCCAUUAUUUUUUUUCUUAUGUUGAUUACGUUGGGGUUGGAUAGCACGUUCGGGGGGUUGGAGGCGAUGAUCACGGCGUUGUGUGAUGAGUACCCCAAGGCGUUGGGACGGCAUCGGGAGAUUUUUGUGGCGGCGCUCUUGUUCGGGAUCUACAUUUGUGCCUUGCCGACGACUACUUAUGGGGGCGUCUAUUUGGUGAACAUGCUGAACGUUUACGGCCCCGGCUUGGCCAUACUUUUUGUCGUCUUCGUUGAAGCGGCAGGUGUUUGUUGGUUGUAUGGUACCGAUAAUUUUGCAAGAGACAUCGAAAAGAUGAUUGGCCAUAAGCCGGGAAUUUUUUGGAGAAUGUGUUGGAAAUAUAUCAGUCCCGUUUUUCUCUUGUCAAUUUUUAUUUUUUCACUUCUCAGUCACGAACAAAUGUUGGGCACUGAAUACGAGUAUCCCGAGUGGAGCUUCAAAGUUGGCUAUGCUUUAACAGCUUCGUCCAUCAUGUGCAUCCCUCUUUACAUCGUUUACAAAUUUGCAAUAACUCCAGGAAGCUUGGUGCAGAGGUGGAAAAUGAUCUGGAAGCCGGAGCACUCCUCCGACAACAGCACCCUCACGUACUGCGGCGGCACCGAAGUGUGACCAACGAGCAUUGUCAAAUCAUACACCAUCGAGUGGUUAGUUUAAGUUGUUGAUUUCCCAUUUUUCGGGUAAAAUACCAGCCAUAUUUUGCCCGAACUCCCACGGAUUAAAGGGUUGAUUUAAAACGUUUCGUUGUUUUAGGUGUUUUGUGGCGCGAGUGUAACAACAGCCAUUGUUACACUCUCGCAUAUUCCUAGUCUAGAGAGUAUUAAAGCGGUGCUAAAUGUCGUGUUAAAUAGUCCUAGACAUAGCUGAAUGUAUCGCUUUCUAUGUCCGGGGUGCAGCCCCACGUAGUGAACUCUAUCAUACGUAAAAUGUACAAAAUCCUAAACUGACAAAGUUAAAUUUAUCGACAAUAAAACGAUCGGGUUUGAGUUCGGUGGUACUAAACAAAAAUCGGGCCUACUUUUGUGAUACACUUUCUGGGCGAAAAGCAGCCAAGUUUCGGCCAGAAACGAGUUGUUUCUUUGUGCCAAUUUUUGGUUCACUUGUAGCACUUUAGGAAUUGAUUGUCCGAUCAAGCUAAACAAUGGAAUAUUAAAAAAACAAACAAGUCGUUGUGUUUAUUGUUAGAAAUAAAUUUGUACGAUAGUUUGUAUAAAUUAUCGUUGCCGACGUCUCGCAGCCAUGAGAUGGCGGCGACUAUUUUUAUUGUAUGGGUUAGUGUAAGUGACCUUUACUGUGUAUUUAAUAAAUUUAUUUAUUUUU